AUGGCUUCCUGGUUCAUAUUAUUUUUAGUUGGGUACUGUUUAGCAGCCGAAACUCCGCAAAAAUUGGCAGCUACUGCCCACCCCUCAGGCGCUGUAGAGUCUGCGGACACAUGCAACCGCUUUCAAAACUCCCUCUACAGACAGGGCUCUGAGAGUUUCGCUCUUCCAGCUCCGGCUGCCGAGCCUGGCGUCAACGAGCACGUUGUUGAUAUUGGUUCUCCAAGGAAGAAGCUUAGCUUCUCGGGAGCCGGGAAUUGGUGGGGCCGGAGCCAAGCCGAUCGCAAAUCUACCAUGAGUGAGAUGACAGAGAACAACAUACAAAUGGCAGCACUUGAAUCCACCCCACUAAUACCUCAUACCCAUAAGGCCAAUAAAGCAGAAGGCGGGCUGCCGACUUCCUCAGCAUUGGCAGAACAUUUGGAACAAGAACCACCACAACUGGAAGCCAAAGAAUCGCACAUCUCAGAAUGUCACAAAGGUGUUAUCGUGGCCUUUUCCCUCGUAGUCGCUGCAUUUGGUACGGCUGCAGUCAAAUUUUUGAUAGACCACAUUGGAAUUCCCACUAUUUGA